UGAGUAAGUUGGUGAGUGAGUUUAGAGAGUAGUUUUAUCUCAUUCUUCAUUACUUACUGCAUAUCUAUGCAUUCUUCCAGCACUACUGCACACACGAGCUUGGACAUGCUCUCGGAUUUCCUCACGAACACAAGAGCUACAAGCGAGUUGGAUACGUCCGUCCCAAUUUCCAAAACGUUAACCCUUCAGACUGGGGUAUAUACCGACAGCAUAGUCCCAAAAGUACUGUAGACCUGCGAUAUGACAUGACCAGCCAUAUGCAUUACAACCCCACAGGUUUCUCCAAUAAUGGCUGGUACACCCAGACCGUGCGUUCUGAGACCUUCAACCUAUGCUACAGAACAGGGGCAACGUGUACUACUCCUGGCACGCCCUCGCCCACGCCUACAGCUGCAUCGGAGGAGAGGUGUCCAAAUGGGGCGGCUGUGACGUGCGUCAACGACGGCUUCGUCUCCUACAUCGACAACAGCAUCUGCGCAUGUAUCUGCCCGCCUGGCCUGGAUCCCGCCAAAGGCCAGCCUCUGACGUCAUAAAACAGGUGCCCGCCCCCACCAAAUGGCCCGGGGGCACAUACGCCCUGCCGUCCCCAGCUGACGGGUGCCCCGGGGACGUGUUCCUGGAGGGGUCUGUACAACACACCAGUGACGGGGGCAGCACACAGAGCGACAUCGUGCACGUGAAGGGGGAGUUCACAGCCAGCAGCUUCAAGUACCACUUCUGUGUGAAGGAUACUUCCACCAGCACUGACGCUGACACAGCUGAAUGGGGACCAGGCAGAUACUGUAUACUGAAGAAAGGAGACUGUCCUACUGGUUUUGAAAGUGGAUACAUCAAGUUUGACAACCUUGCCGAGACCACCACAACUACAUCUGGAUCCGUGCCCGACGGUGUCUAUGAUGCAGACACUCAGUUUGAUUUCUGUUGCCGUGACGAUGGCUACCCCAUCGUCCCACUGAAACUCCCCAACACUAAACCCUUCAUCUUGUUCCGUCACAAUGGAGAAUCCGAUGCCUGUCAAGAAGUUGAUGGGAUGCUGGCAUUCCGGGAAUACCUUACCUUUGACGACGACAAUGAAGGCCAGUCCGCCUACAGCCCCAAGUUUCUGUCAAAGAAAUUCAUUUACUGCUACUAUGUUCCUGCAAACAAAGACUGUGGAGGCCUGUAUACGUUGACCAAAGACAAUCCUACCAUGACAAUAACAUCCCCGGCUAUCCCAGUCUGUACCCCAACAAUGUGGACUGUUUCUGGAUAUUUACGGCACCUGAGGACUCAACUAUCUUGUUGGACUUUGAUGACUUCGACAUCGCCACUUCAGGAUCAGGAUGUGAAGAUGAACUCCGUGUGAGAUCUGUUCUGCUGGGCGAGAACCCUUCACGUACAUAUUGUGGGGACUCCCAACACCGCAGCAUCCGGACUGUACGGAAACACCCUGUCUCUCAACCUCAGGACCACCCCCGAGGGGCAGAGGAAGGGCUUCAAGGCCAAAGUCAGCCUGGUCACAC